GUAAACUUGUGAUUCUCGUUUGGAAGCCACUGCAGAGGACGAUUCAAUAGAUAAACACUGGUAAAUUCUUGGAAGGAGCUGUCUUUAUAGCCUUUCUUAACCAUGAGUGCAACUUUCAAGGAGGAAGUCUGGCACACCUGCCCUGGAGGAACAAGACUGUCUGCUGUAACAAACAAGCCUAGGACACGGACUCAUGGAAAGAAACGCUUUUCUUUUCCUUUCCCUGCACUAAGAUUUUUUUUUCCCCCAAAACAGAAAAUGCUGGUUGAGUCUGGGAGAGCAGGAUCCACUUCUCGUUGUGCAAUAGUCUAGACUGUGAUUGUAGGUUCCGAACCGCUAGGCCAGGCUUUAAGACACACGGGAAAGUCCUGAGAGCAGACAGGAGCUGAAAGCGGAUCUCUUAAUAUUUAGGAGCAUCUCAUUUUAACCUUCAAAAGUGACUGCGGCCGCCGCAUGGCACUUUCGGCCCACGGAACGCCUCAAGAGCAAGGGUCCUGGCAUGCUCGAAACCUAAGUCUGUCAUCUUAAAAGCGAUCAGUACUGAAGAAAACCAGCAUCAAGGAAUUUAAACAUCAUCUUGGCACCACAUCACUUUGGGUAGCAAACCACUAAGAUUUGCCCUCCUGCCUUCUGCGAGAGCCCUGGCUACACAUUUACAGAAGUCGUGAUUCAGGAACCAGGCGGCUGGCGGAAACGUCCCCUGCACUUCCGGCGUCCACUGCGGCAACUGCUGAACCACGGCAAGCGCGCAGGUGCGUGUCGGCAGGGAACGCGGCCUUUCCGCUCGCGCAGGCGCCGGGCGCCACUUCCGGGACCGAGCCUGGGGAGCACCCAGAAGCCUCCGCGGCAGAGCGAGGUCACCCGGAGAGUGACAGAGCGAGACCUCGGCAGGGCGCCUGGGGCGUGGCCUGCGGGGGCGUGACCGGGGCGAUCCGCCAAUCAGCGAACGGCGGACCGCCAGUGCGGGGCCACGCCCCUGCGGCUGGCACGGACGGUCCCUCCCGGGAGACGCGAGCGAGCAUCAGGGACGGAGGAAGCCGACGACAGGGGACAGAGUCCACUGUCGCUUCCGGAAACCCACCUCCACCGCGCAGCCCUCCGCGCGUAGCCUGACGGGAAAGCGCCGCCAAGCGGCCUCGCCUCGCCCCAGCCGCGGGGCACGCUGGGAUCUCCCUGCGGCCUUCCCGGAAGUGUGUGUGGCUUCCUUCCCGUUUGCGCUAAGUCCCGCCCCUGUGCCGGAAAGAAGGAGGUGUGAGAAGCGGAGCCGGCGGUGGUCACGUGGCACCACUGCGGAAGCAGCGGGAGAGGGUCGGGGUAGUGGGCGUGGCGGCCCUGUCACGAGUGGCCGGAAGUGGAGGCCUCUGCAGAUCAUCGGAGAUGGGGACCUCCCUGGACAUCAAGAUCAAGAGAGCGAAUAAAGUGUAUCACGCCGGGGAAAUGCUGUCUGGUGUGGUGGUCAUCUCCAGCAAGGACUCUGUCCAGCACCAGGGAGUGUCUCUGACCAUGGAAGGGACUGUAAACCUCCAGCUCAGUGCCAAAAGUGUGGGCGUGUUUGAGGCCUUUUACAACUCAGUGAAGCCGAUCCAGAUUCUCAACAGCACCAUAGAUGUGCUGAAGCCAGGAAAGCUCCCCAGUGGCAAGACUGAGAUUCCCUUUGAGUUCCCUCUGCAUGUCAAGGGCAGCAAGGUGCUGUAUGAGACUUACCACGGCGUGUUUGUCAACAUUCAGUACACCCUGCGCUGUGACAUGCGGCGGUCCCUGCUGGCCAAGGACCUGACCAAGACCUGUGAAUUCAUCGUUCACUCCGCUCCUCAGAAGGGGAAGCUGACCCCAAGUCCCGUUGACUUCACCAUCACCCCGGAAACCCUGCAGAACGUCAAAGAGAGGGCCUCACUCCCCAAAUUCCUCAUCAGAGGCCACCUGGACUCCACCAGCUGCGCCAUCACACAGCCCCUGACGGGAGAGCUGGUGGUGGAGCAUUCGGACGCUGCUAUCCGCAGCAUCGAGCUCCAGCUGGUCCGGGUGGAGACCUGUGGGUGUGCAGAAGGCUAUGCACGUGAUGCCACAGAGAUUCAGAAUAUUCAAAUCGCUGAUGGGGACAUUUGUAGAAGCCUUUCUGUCCCUCUGUACAUGGUCUUCCCCAGACUGUUCACAUGCCCGACACUGGAGACCACUAACUUCAAAGUGGGUACCUUGCCCAGCCCUUUCCUCUGGAAUGCAGCAGGAUAUCCUCGUGUGUGCUGCAAGAUCACGGCAAGCAUUUCCAGUGGCUUCAGACGCACCUGUUUCUUUUUGGGUGCAGUAAAGCAGCUGUGUCUGCAGCUUGAGGUUUGCUGGCCCCUGAGCCCAUGGAGACAACUUGCCCAGACUGCUGACAGCAAACGCUUGGCAACCAGCAGGCUCAAAGACUGACUGAGUUUGUGACUCCAAGGGCUGGCAGUGACUUCACCUGGAAAUAUGGAGCUGUUUCAAAACCUCGAGUUCUUGAUAGCACUGGGUUAGAACUUCAGGGUUUUAGGGAAGUAAGAAAAACAGCAAAUAGGUCCUUGUUUUCAAGGGAAUCUAUGAAGAGUGGCUGGUGCUGGAGUUUUUGUGGUCUGUCCGACUGUUGCGCACAGCUACUGCUGCUGUAUCCCAGAAUCUGCAUCAGGGGAAGAACACACACUGGCUGCUCAUUACUAGGUAAUUUCUGAGAGACAGGAGACCAUGCUGAGGAAGGAUAAUGAACUUGGCCUGCCCCUGACCCCUGAGGGGCCUGCGCUCCGAGACAAGGGUUUUGCCCUGAAGUCCAUUUCCCCGCAGCCUCACACUGACUGCUACUGUAUGGAGCGUGUGUUGUC